CAUGCUUACCCGAACCGCUCAUUUCUUGUCUUGACAUUAUCUUCAGGUUGAAGUCCAAUCCAGCAACUAUGACCUUCCGACGCCAAUUGUCGUGGACAUCCGCGCCCCUCAUCGUCAAUGCUCCCAUGGGCGACUUCGCGGGCCCGGAACUAGCUGCGGCUGUCUCAGGAGCCGGCGGGCUGGGUAUGAUCGGCGCCAUGCUGGAUCCCAUCGUUCUGGGCGAGCAACUGGAACAAGCCUCCGGGCUGCUCGACGGUGCGCGAGCAAACAGUAACGGUAAUCUCCAAAUCGGUGUCGGCCUGCUCCUCUUCGCGCUCACGAAGAAGCGGUCCGAGAUGAUCCAAGUACUCGCAAAAUACAAGCCCGCGGUCGUGUGGCUCUUUGCGGAAACGCAGCUGAGCGAUUACAGCACCUGGGCCUCCGAGAUAAGAGAAUCGCUCCCGGGAUCACAGAUCUGGAUCCAGACGGGCUCGGUCGUGGGUGCAUUGGAGAUAGCUCGCGGUGCGAAGCCUGACGUGCUCGUCAUGCAGGGCACCGACGCCGGCGGCCAUGGCUGGGAGCGAGGCGCAGGCAUCGUUUCGCUGGUCCCAGAGACCAAAGACUCUCUAGCCCGCGAGGGUCUUGACGUUGCCGUCGUGGCGUCUGGUGGCAUCGUAGAUGGCCGCGGGGCCGCGGCGGCUUUUGCUCUGGGGGCCGAGGCGGUGGUCAUGGGAACCCGGUUCCUGGCAUCGAGAGAGGUCACGAUCCACCCAAAGUAUCAGCAGCAGAUUCUAGAGGCCCGCGACGGGGGGCAACAGACCGUUAGGGCCAAGGUGUUCGAUGAGCUCAGGGGACCUAACAUCUGGCCAGGAGCGUAUAAUGGGCGGGCUCUCUUGUCCAGAAGUUUUGAGGAUCAUUCUUCUGGUGUCGAUCAAGGUGAAAUACGGGCGCGCCAUGCGGAAGCACUCGCGCAAGCUGAUAAGGGUUGGGGAGAUAGCCGAAGGGCCGUCGUUUGGUCCGGUACGGGCGUUGGUCUGGUCAAUGAGGUCCUACCAGCGGCUGAGAUAGUGCGCCAGGUCAGAGAUGGUGUCCAACAGGUUUUCCGUCAUGUUGAUACCCAGUGGUAGUUUUAUUAGCACUGGAAACAAAAGUGUCGGCUUGAAACCACGAAUUUACGACUGAAUCAACUUUAAAAUGGUGUAUUGGGAGGAUUGACAAGUGUUAUUGUUGUGAUUGUGCAAAAGCAUCUGAAACUCCUUGGGAGACUUCUUGGAUACGAAUAUUCGAUAAUAUCUUCUCAGUUAAAUGGCGAUACUGGACGUAUCCAGGGAUGUGUGUUGCUGUGAAGUCCUUAUCAAAAAGUUGAAAUUCUCAUGAGGGAAAGAGAUCAUAUUACUUACUACCAAUGAAUAGAUUUAACUCCAAUCAUUGUGACAAU